AUGACUUCUAAUCAUCUCAUCAUCCUUGCUGUCAUCGCCAUUGUUCUUCCCACAAUUGCAGUGGCGACCGAAUACAUUGUCGGCGAUUCUAAUCAGUGGAAGAACAAUAACUUCGAUUAUCAAGGAUGGGCCAAGGACAAAGUAUUUCGUGUUGGAGAUGUACUUGUGUUCAAAUAUGCUGCGGGUAAGCAUAACGUUGUGAAAGUAGAUGGUGCGAGUUUUAAAAGUUGCGUAGCACCCGCAGAAAAUGAACCUCUUACAAGUGGAGAUGACAAAAUCACGUUGGCUUCUCCCGGAAAGAAAUGGUAUAUUUGUGGUGUUGGAUCUCAUUGUGCUUCUGGUGGCCAAAAGCUUGCUAUUGAAGUCGUAGCUGAUGCUCCAGCACCUGCACCAUGGCCGGAAACCCCGACUACUUUGGCUCCUCCAACCACCAACUCGGCCUACACAAUUUUAUCGCCAGCAUAUCAAGUUUUUGUCUCUGUCGUCGUAGCAAUUGCAGCAAUUAUAAUGUGA